GCUUUGAGAACAAGCGAAAAUUAUUGGGGAAACCAGUAAUUCGGUGUAGUUAUUAGCGAUAAUGUAAACAUCAAUGGCCACAUUAGGAAAGAAAGGGAAAAUAAAAUAACGUGUUUAUUUCUUUCUGUCAUCUAUUUAAGUCCAGUAUGGAAGGCAAAGAGCACAGAAAGAAGAUUAGAAAAGGUUCUAGAGUGGGAGUCGUGAAUGACAGCUUUGAACUGGUUGAAGAGGCUUCAAACACUGUGAAACAAAAAGUCAGUCCCUUUUUGAACAACAUUCGUGAUGUGCAGUCUAAGAACAACAAUGCCAAAUCAAGAGCCUUGGAAAACCUGGUGAAUGCCAAAAAACAAAUAUCUAAAUGGAAAGAAUACGUCAACCGAAAGAGGUUGAAGAUAAAAAGCAGUUUGCCUCAUGAGUACAUGAGACCUGGUGGCAUAAAAAGCAUAACAGGCAAGGUAGAUGGCAAAGAAGCAGACCAAGAGGACAAAGGCAUAUUAGGGCUUGCGGAAAUUCAUGAUGACUAUCUAUCUGGCAAGAACAAGGUGUUCGGUAAAGAUAAACUGGCAUCUACGAUGUUUUCGGAAAGCAAUCGCACGCUGAUGUCAUACUUUACGCGCCUGGGGAGGUCCACUAAACAGAACGAGACUAUUGACCUGAUGUAUGUUGCAGACUUGUUUGAGAAGGGCGCCAGUGUUAACUGCACAGACACCUUUGGGCAGUCCUUACUGCAUGAGGUAAUACUUAUUGACCUGAUGUAUAUCGCAGACUUGUUUGAGAAGGGCGCCAGUGUUAAGUGCACAGACACCUUUGGGCAGUCCUUACUGCAUGAGGUUGCCAGCAAAUGGCAUGUUGAUGUGGCCUGCUUCCUCAUUGAGAACGGAGCAGAUGUGAAUUUGGCCGACCAUUAUGGAAGAACACCCUUGCAUGUGGCUGCUGGUGACAACUAUCCAGAUAUGGUCAAUCUGCUCAUAGACAAUGGCGCACGCAGAGAAGCACAGACACUAGGAGAACUGCAGACCCCGGUACACUUUGCCGCGCGCAAUGAUGCUACAGACUCCCUCAAGGUGCUCAUCAAACGGGGUUGUCAGUACAAAGAGGUCAGGGACUACAAAGGUCGCACACCACUGCAUAUCGCUGCACAGCUAGAUCGCAGUGAGACUGCCCGUCUGCUUCUAGAGCUUGAGGCUCCAGUAGGGCUCACUGACAACAAGGGGCAGAGCAUCAUCAACUGGAUGAUCACAAAGAUGCCACCUGUGGCUUUGGAUGCUUUACAGCAAUUGCUGGUGCGUGACCGACCAAACAGAAAACAGUAUUUCUAUUUGAAUGCCUUAGUCAAUGAUGUAGAAAAAGAUCAAGAUCUGACAGUUCAGCUACCACUGCAAGUGGCAGUAAAGUAUCGCCAGUUUGAUAUUCUGACCAAUCAAGUCUUUCUUAUGCUGAUUGAGAAAAUGUGGCUUCAAUUUGGAAGGUGGCGAGCCUAUGGAGCCUUGCUGUUCAACUUCAUGUACAUCAUGCUGUGGACCAUCUAUGGGGUGUUCAUUGAGUAUGACGAGCGACAUGACUACAAACUGCCCGAACACUGGUGGAGAAUUGUCCUCAUUAUUGCAGCUGUGGGGAUUACUGUCUGGCAGAUCAUUGAUGAGAUCCGUGAAUAUCGGCGAUUACAAGUUACCCACGAGAACGUCAAGAAAUGGCUUGAGCAAGAGAUAAAUGACGACAUGAAGUAUUGCCACCCUCGUUGGCCCGAAGAGAAAGCUUUCCUUGAGACAGAGCUGGGCAAUGUUCACCACUCUGUGACAAGUUACUUUGCAGACCCCUGGAACUGGUUUGACUGGAUGUGUUACUCCUUGCUGCUGGCGGUGAUAGUCACACAUUUUGUGGACAUCGGCUUCCACACGGAGAAGAUUGCCCGGGCUCACAUACGCCUCACAGCCAUCGUGAUCAUCUUUCUCUGGCUAAGACUCAUGAAGAACAUACGAGCCUUCUCUCUGCUUGGUCCCUUUGUUGUGAUGUUAGGUGCCAUGAUAAAAGACCUGGUGAAGUUUGCCUUUUUAUACUUUGAAUUCUACAUUCCAUACCUGUGUGCCUUUUGGAUGAUUUUUGGUGGCACCAAACGUCCAAUGACUGACUCUGGUGAGACCCUUAAAGCGGAAAAUGUCACGGUUACUGGGAUGGGCACAUUUGACAGCGCAAUGUUUCUUAUGUGGCGAAUGACUCUUGUUGAUGACUACGCAUAUGACCAAAUGCUGACUGUGGACUCAAUCAUGGCACCCAUCCUGGUUGGUACCUGGCUGUUCCUGUCUGCUGUAGUCUGUCUCAACCUGCUCAUUGCUCUCUUCUCGGACACAUUCCAGCGUGUGUAUGACAAUGCCAAGGCAAAUGCUGUCAUGCAGAAAUGCAUCAUGUUGCUGGCGUUUUGGGAGGGCAUGAGUCCAGAGUCAUGUAACCAGUUCCUUACCUUCAUUCGUGUAAAUUGUUCUCCCUUCAAAGAUGACUAUGACGAUGAUAUGACCGACCCAGAAGGGAAAGAUCUACAAAAAGUCACCAUCCAGAUCAAAACUUGCACGGAGCGUAACCGCGAAGAGCUUGAUGAGAUGAAGCGACGCUGGCAUGAUCAGUUUGGAGAUGAUGACGACAAGACAGCCUUGGAGGAACUUUACGAGGAAGACCAGCAGCAACCACAACCACAAGAGAAGAAAAACAAGAUGGUGACAACAGAGAAAUUUCAGGGAGAGCUGGACAUUCUUCGGGACCAGGUGGCCAAGGGCUUGACAGCGCUAGAAGAGAAGCAGACGCAUAUGAUGAACCAAUUCAAGCGCGACAUGAAGAUGGUCAAGUCCCUCCUCCUCAACCUCUCCAAUGGGGGCCAAGAGGGACAGCAAGGGGGGCAGGGUGGGAUGCCUUAUGGGGGGCCUUGGAGGCCCCAGUCAGUGCGUGGCAUGAGGGAGCUGGAAGAUUUGCAGGAGUUAGAGGAACCUCAGAGGAGAGAAUCUACUCAGAGUGCAGGCAAACGAAAGAAGAAGGGCAUGGUUGUGUCUGAAGAAUCCUCUGUCCUAGAACCCAUGCUGCCUGAAGAAAUGGCUGCAAAAAGUAUAUUUGCCCCGAGUCCAGCCUUUGUGCAGCCAGAGGUCGAGGUUUCCACGCACGAGUUCUAUGUACAUGACCCUUACUCCAACGAAGUCAUCUCCAGUGGCCGCUCUUCAUCUCGUGGAAUGGACUUUUCAAUAGCAUAGAGUGGAAGGCCUUCGUACUUGGUGCUCAACUGUAAAAUUGUACAAUUAAAUACAAUGCAUACUUAUGUGGUUGUUUAGGCAUAUAAGAAGCAUCAAACUUCCUCGCCGUUUCAUGGAUUGGUCAGGAAAAGGAUACAAACAUUUUUUGGGGGCCAAAGUGUUGCAUUCUAGUUCGUAAAUAUUGGAGGUUACUUUUUGCUUAAUGAUGUUUUUGCAAUAUUUACAGCAUGCUAAUCUAAAUUCAAAAGGAAUCUGUAAGUUUCUCAAAAAAUUGAAAACAGUGUUCAUAACUCAACUGUAAAUGAAUUGCAACCAAUUGCACAUUUGUUGAUAUUUUGUAAAUAGUGUGUAAACUUGGAUGCUUUAUACAUAAUGCCUCCAAGCUGUUAGUUCCUGAGGACCAUGUUAUUACUAGGAAAGAUCUUAAGCAAUGUUGUUUAAGUAGGGAAUGAAACUGUAGUCCAUAUUUUUAUAAUCAUGAAGUGCCAUUGCUAGAUAAAUAUUAUAAAAUGUUUGUUGUCAGUUGUCAUCAUUCUUUGUCAAUACUUUCUUCUAAAAUUCAAGCUUAAAAAAAACAUUUGCCUAUCAAGAAAAACAUGCUUAUAAAACAUCUCUUAAAACAUUUUUUGGCUUACCUCAGGGCAAGCUCUUGCUAAUGAUUUUGUUUUGAUGUUUGGUAUGAGGUCCUUGGUACAGUUUUUCAGAUCAUGACAGUUCGAAACUGACCAUUCCCGAUUACACAGGCGAGCAAUCUAGAACCAGCUUGGCCCUCUCGUUUAAUUGUGCAAGCAAGUACAAUCUAUUAGAUCUGUUUUUAAAUAUUUUUGUAUCUAUAGUGUUUUACCCUGAAAGAAGUGUUCUGUGAUAUCUUUAUCUUUUUAUUUAUUUUAUUUUUAAAUUUAUUAUGUUAAGUGUAAACAAAUGUUCACUUUAUUUAAACAAAUGAGUUGUUUUCUGGCAAUUGUAUGCUGUCUUGUUUUACAUGAAAAUAUGUUGUUCAAUAUUUAUAUGGUAUAUGUAUAUAGUUUAUUGAAACUUAUGACAAAAUUAUAGUGUAUACAAGAAAUAAAAAACAUAUUAGAACAUUUAAUUUGUUUUUAAGAUAUUAAACCAUCACCUAACUACAGCAAAAAAAGAAGAGCCCCUUUUAGUGACAAAUGAUUUGAAACCAUUAAAAGAUAAGGUUUAAAAAAAAGCAAAUAGUUUUGCAGUGAUCUUUUGUUGGAAAUUAAAAAACUACAUAACUGUUAAGUUCUCUCAAGUUUUUUCAAUAAUAACAAACCGUUUGCCAGAUAUAAACAAGUAAUAUUUAAUUAGGGCUUCAACGUAAUUUUUUUAACAAAAACGCAUAUAUUGUUGUGUCUUUUUUAGAAUAUGUCACAAGACAUUAAACUUUAAAAUGUUUUGGCGUUUGAAUUUAAGUGUUGUAGUUCAUGAAAGUUUGUUUUUAGUUAAAGGAGUUUGAUCUAAACUUGUCAAUCUACAGCUUAUCUAUAACAAUUUACAAUGACCUACUCUUAACUUUUCAGUAUUUUUGUUUUUGUAAUUUUACUCUAUUUUUUUAAGCAGUUUUUUUACAUUUUAUACAAACAAAAAACGCUAUUUGUAUUCAUGAGCCAAAAUAAUUUAAGUAGAUUGCUCAGUAUGGUAGACAGCAUUAACACACUACAAUAUAAUAAAUAUGUGCCUGCUGUAUGCAAUGCGCUGUUCCACAGAGAAGAAAUAUAGAUAUUUGUGACAUGUCACCUUUGUAUCUUCAGGAGUUGUGAUAUGUUUUCACUAAUGAGCUAUCCCACUGCACAUGUUUGAAUUGAUUCAUAGAGCGACUGUUCUGCUGAGUUUAAACAGAAGCGUAGACUACGUCUUUGGUAUAAAAUUUGUGUGCAGAAAUAUUUCCUCUCAUUUUAAAUGAUUGUUAUAAUUAUGUGCUGCAUUGUUUUAUUGCAAGUUGUUAAAUCCAGUUUAAUAACAUAAUUUUUAGCUCGGCGUUUUCAGAGAAAACCGGAGGUAUUGUCAUAGCCAGCUUGUCGUGUCGUCCGCGGUCCAACUACCGCCGUCUGACGUCCGCCUUCCGCAUCGUGCUAAAACCUUAAUAUUGGCUUUAAAAUCAAAGUGCUUCCACCUACAACUUUGAAACUUCAUAUGUAGAUGCACCAUGAUGAGUUCUACAUGCCACACCCAUUUUGGGGUAACUAGGUCAAAGGUCAAGGUCACUGUGACCUCUAAAAAAAAAAAAUCUGACAAGCUUUCGUUUACUCAAAACUGCACCCGUAGCCGAGCGUGGCACCCGUUAUGCGGUGCUCUUGUUUAUUGUUGCACUUCUUAUAGUUGAAUUAUUUAUUCACAAGUAAUUACCACACAGUUGUUUUUUUUCUUUUUUAGCCAACAUUUCCAAUGUUGUUCGUCAAAAAGUUGUAUGGUAUAUAAUACAUUUUAAACAUAUGACAUUUUUUUGAUACAUUUAAAAAAAAUGUUGUUUUUUUUAUGAUACAUUGUCAGGUUUAUAUAAAGGAAUUAUGAAAUAAAGUUCUUAGUAAACUAAUUUUCUUAUCGUUAUGCAGUGACCAUUAAGUGGUUAUUAUUUUAAAGAGAUAUCUUUUAAACAGAUACAUGUACUCUGCCUAUAUCCUGGCUUUGAAAUAUAGUUAGAAAAUUUAUGUUUCUUAUAAUUAAAUUGAAUCAAAGGUG